CUCCAGAGAGCAGCAUGCCUUCAGCGGCACGGCUGCAGAGGCAGAGCAAGCGGCAAUGCUGCAUGCUCACUCACACCUUCAUCCUCCUUCUCAUCUUCCUCCUGGUCUGUUCAGGGAUGGCAUGGCCACACGACUACAGAUAUCUGUAUAACUUUUGCCCUGGCCCGGAGUGGAAUGUAAUGUGUAGAGGAUGCUGCGAAUAUGAUGUGAUCCGAUGUAAAUGCCCUCUUCAGGGUACACAAGUGGGCUACGCCGUUCCAUGUUGCAGGAAUGCGCGUCAUGAAUGUGAUCCCUGCAUCAUUCAUCCAGGCUGCAGUAUAUUUGAAAACUGCAAGCGGUGCAAUAAUGGAACAUGGGGGCCGAGGGAUGACUUCUUCAUCAAGGGCCAAUACUGUGCUGAGUGCCGUCCUGGGUGGUCUGGUGGUGACUGUCUGACAUGUGGUGGUGUGAUCAGGAAGAGGCAAGGUCAUCUGGUUUUGGAAAGUUACCCCACUAAUGCCCGCUGUGAGUGGACCCUACAAGUUAAUCAGCCUUUCACCAUAGAACUCAGGUUCAUGAUGCUGAGUCUGGAAUUUGACCAUAGUUGUCGCUACGACUAUGUAGAAGUCAGAGAUGGUGACAAUAUAAACUCUCAAGUGAUUGGUCGUUUCUGUGGAAAUGAGCGCCCCCCUCCGAUCCACAGCACUGGCAAUUCCCUGCACAUACUGUUUGUUUCUGAUGGCUACAAGAACUUUGAUGGGUUGUUUGCCAUUUUUCAGGAGAACUCAGCGUGCACCUCCUCCCCUUGUCUGCAUGAUGGCACGUGUAUAUUGGACUCUUCUCACUCCUUUUACUGUGCCUGUCUGGCUGGAUACACAGGAAAAAGAUGUGAAUAUGUGUUGGAGUGUAAGAGGCCUGUGCCACCGGACCAUGGCUAUGUGGAAAGUUUGGAUAUGAGGGUCGGAGGUCAGGCUCUGUUUCGCUGUGAUUCAGGUUUCACGCUAAAAGGCUUCCACAUGGCCACCUGUCUGCUGGAUGGGUCAUGGAGCACUCUGAUGCCAUACUGUGUGCCUGAAAAGAACUGUGGCAUCCCUCCUAAGCCAGCACAUGGAGACCAUUUCCUGGUGUAUGGUCCAAAUGAUGUGCUCAUUGCACUGCAGUAUCUUUGUGAUAGAUCAUACACACUGGUUGGAAAUCCUCAAAGAACAUGUCUGGGCAACAACACAUGGAGUGGAACAGCCCCCACCUGUGUCAAAGAGGACAUCAUGCCUGAGAAAAAAACUGACUUAAUAGAUAAGACUGGAACAAAGAAAAAGAAAGAGAAGACUCCAGACAAAACAGUUAGUCUGGAAAUACCAAUAAGUGGGAAGGACAAGACUGGAUUAGAUAUAGACAUUGGUAAAGGUAAAGAGGUGGAGAAAGGCAUAGGGAAGGACCCAGGUAAAGACUUUGGAAAGGAAAAACCUACAGUUGGAAUCAAGGACAAAAUUAGUGGCAAAGAUUCUGAAGAUAGGAUAAACACAGUCCAGAAAAAAGACUCAGACAAUGGGAAAAUUGUUCACUCCUUGGACAAAGAUAUAGAUUUGGAGAGUGUAGAAAAAGUUGUAAUAGACCCAACUAAUGAUUUGGACAUGAACGUUGUAGAUAUUGUCUUAAUUGAUGACAAAAGUACCAUUAAAGAGAUAAACAUACACAAGACUACUGAAAAAGAUAACAAAGAAACAGUGACCGAAAUACCACAGUACACAAUAGUUAGCCUGAGAAAAGAUGAAAGAGAUGAGAACGUCCCUUAUAAAAUAGACACUUCAAGCACAAGCAACACCACUGAGCCUGUAGAUAGCAAUGACAUAGAGGAAAGACUGAAGACAUUGCUCCCUAAAGAAACCCCAAAGAUUCAAUCACAAGCCCAUGAAGAUAACAGCACAGAGAGAGCCAAUGUACCAACACAGAAACCUGAUACUGAAAGAGUUACAGCUGGGGUGACAUGGCAAGGGGUGGACCAUGAAAAAAUGACAGGACCAGAAAGUCCAAUCAAAGAAAAGCCAAAGACAGAUAUGGAUCCCCGAGCUGAAACGGAGAGCCAACACACUGAGAAAGAAGUGGAAAACCUCAGCAUCAUUGAGGCUGAAGGCAGAAAGUGUCCCCCACCCCCUCGGAUAUACCAUGGUUUCUAUGAGUGGGUGCCUGGUGCAGAUCCAGAGAUGGUGGAGUUCUCCUGCAACCACUCAUAUGCUCUGAGUGGCAGUGCUCGCAGGACUUGCCAGCCUAAUGGCACCUGGAGCAAUACACAGCCCAUCUGCGUGCGGGCCUGCCGGGAGCCCAAAGUGUCAGUACUGGUGAGACAGAAAGUUCUGACCCCACACGUCCCAUUCAGGAAAACUCCUGUGCAUAAGUUUUACUCCUCCUCAGGCUUAACAAAACUCUUCAGCCCAGUUAGUCCAACUCAAGGACCCCCGACUUUGCCUCCACUCCCCCAGGGUUUCCACCACCUCUACACACACAUUGAGUAUGGGUGCAUCUCACCCUACUACCAUCACACUGGGAGCACCCGCAGAACAUGCUUCAAAACUGGCAAGUGGAGUGGCCGCCAUGUCUCUUGUUCACCAGUAUGUGGCAAGUUGCCGAAUUUUGAUCCACAGCGUCCAGCAGACUCUCAUUGGCCGUGGCUGGUUGCAAUCUAUCGACGGUCUGGCCAAGAUCAAGGAGAAAAGCUGGGGAAAGUGACGAGCCUGGGGAAGGACACGGGUCUGAUGUAUAAGGAAGAUGAUAUGUCUUUAGAAAACUGGCAGCUGGUUUGUAGUGGAGCUCUGCUCAACCAGCGCAGUGUGGUGGUGGCUGCCCACUGCGUCACUGAUCUUGGAAAAGUCUACCCACUGGACGUGUCUAAAAUACGGGUGGUGCUCGGAAAACAUUACCGCAGUGACCUGCACCAGACCAAGGGCUUGCAACACCUCAGGGUGUCCUCCAUCACUGUACACCCUAAUUAUGACCCACUGGUACUAGACUCUGAUCUGGCAAUUCUCAAACUCUUGGAUAAAGCUCGUAUUGGAGAACAUGUUCUGCCUAUCUGUCUCCCAACCACCCACGAUGCAGAGGAAGAAGCUUUCCCCAGACAGGCCAUAGUGACAGGCUGGUCCCUCAUUCCUGACGCCAGUGCUGGGGAGCACGAGAGGGCACGUGUGGGCACAGUGAUGCUGGGUGAUGUGGUGCACUGUGAGCAACAAUACGCCCAGUAUGGCCUUCCCAUCAGUGUCUCUGAGAGCAUGUUGUGUGGGCGCCUGGGUCCUGGUGUCAGUCCUUCUAACAUCUGUCCAGCUGAGACUGGAGGAGUCCUGAUUGCCCCGCCCACUUCCUCACCUGAUCGUCCUUCUUCGCUGUUACCAAACCCCAUACGGGAGUGGAAGCUACUGGGAUUGGUUAGUUUUGGGUAUGACUCACUAGACUGCAAUCCAGAACUUUAUACUGUGUACACGCACAUCUCUAACUUCCUCAACUUUUUUGAGAGCAAUAUGAAGUAAUAAAACAUUUGCAAUUUUGUUCAUCUUUCAACCAUUGCCUCCUCUGUUCUGCCCUAAUAAUCUUUUCAUAUGUAGCUUUAUAGAAAGGCUGAACUAACACUGGACUAUGCUGCCAUGAGAAGACAGCAGUCGUUAAGAAGGGCAUUUACUCUAUGCUGAAGCUAGGAACAGCUUCUCCCAGCUCUAUCUUUCGCUUAAAUGAAUAGCAAAGGGGCCAUUAAACCCACCUUAAAAUAUCAUCAAAAGGAAAAGUCUAUCAACACUGACCCUUCACUUAACCACACGUGGGUCCUCAGGUAAUCGGGUGCUGUAAGAUUGACCAGAGAACCAAACUUAUCCUGAUAUAUUUCAUAUCAGUGAUAUUUGAUUUUCUGAAUAUUGGUUAUGUACAUAUAGUGUAAUGUAAUAUUCAACAACUGUAAACAUGACAGAAAUGAUGUACAUAUUUUAUAAAAUUAUUGUGAACUUAUUGCCUUUUAAAUAAAAUAAUUUGGUAGUGUGUUGUAAA